UCCCGCUUCAUUCUUCAAGGCCAUCUUUGACUCAAUAGACACAGAAGAAACUGACAUUAAUGAUCCAAUGGACAUUUUACGUAUCGCUGAAGAAACCAACACUGUGCCAAGUGGAUUUACAGAUGAUACCUACAAAAGUGAAAAGGAUGAACUUCUGAUCAAACUGAAAACUGUGAGUCAGGAUGCUGUGGUAGAGUUUUUCCAAGAAAUUGAGGACUAUGUCCCCUAUGGUUUCACUGUUUACACUUUAGACAACAAGGGAUUGCUCCGUCUUAGAAAACGCAGCCCGUACAACAACAGGGACAUUCCAGAGGUUAAAUUUCUUGUCUUGGAGGAAGGCUUGUGUUGUACUCUCUAUGAUUCAGAAGAAAUUCUCAUCAAGCCCAUUGCAGAAUUAAUCUCAGAGAAGAUUCAGUACACCCCAUGCACAAACAAUGAAGACAAAAUCAGCAUUCCUGGAUUCUUGAAGAAUCUGGUGGAGAAGAAAGUGUCAGUGUGGGUUCAGAAUGCCUUUCUGGCAAUGCAGCUGAAGCAAGGACGGGAAUAUGUUGUAGAAAACGACAACGUCUGUCCAGUGGAUUUCAGGUCAACUGGUAUAAUAGAACUGAAUAAGAAGUGGGGAGAUGGUCUGCAGCAGUUUGUUGAGAUUAAACACCAAAUCAAACUGAGCACAAUUUCAACAGUGACAAACUACGUGUCUAACAUCUCCUUUUUUGAAAAGUACCAUGGGAAAAUAUAUGGAACAACGGGGACACUUCGGAGCAAAGCAGACAUUCUGUUUUUGCAGGAGCUAUAUCCAAAUCUGUCUGCCUGCAAAAUGCCAACAUUCGACCGGAAGAAGUUAUUUGAGGUCAAAGGUACUCUGAAGACCUCAGCUGAAGAGUGGAAAUCUGAAAUAAAACGUGUGGUUAUGGCUCAGAUUUCCCCAAAUUCAUACAGAGAUGGAAGAGCAGCCCUGGUGAUCUGUGAAACUAUCAACAAAGCCAAAGAGAUCUACGAAGAGCUGAAAAGCAGCAUCCCAGGUGAGAUCAUUCUCUACUGCCGCAGCGACAAAGACAGUUUGAGCAAAAUAGAAAAGGAACUGCUACCUGGUGAUGUCAUUGUUGCCACAAACCUUGCCGGGCGUGGCACAGACAUAAAAGUGUCCAAACGGGUGAACAACAAUGGAGGACUAUUUGUGAUCCUCUCCUUCCUCUCUGAGAACACAAGAGUGGAACUCCAGGCUUUUGGUCGAACUGCUCGUAAAGGGAAACCUGGAUCUGCUCAGAUAAUCGCGUCCACUGAACACCAGUCUUUCAGGACGGUGUCUUCUCUGGAGGAAGCUAAGAGCACAAGGGAUAGACUUGCAGCAGAAAAGAUAAAUCACAUGAUGAACGAUGUCACUGAGUUGAAACUGCGAGAGGACCUGUUUUCAGAGUACUGCAAAACUCUUGAAGAUGUUUAUAAGAAGACAGAUGGAGAAGAGGAAAGAGCUGUUGUUGCCAUCAUGAAUGAGUUCUGGGGGAUAUGGCUGCAAACAAAAUCAGAGGAAAUUGACCAGCUGAAGAGAAAUGAAUUGCAAACGAGUUUGAAAGCUGAUUUGUCAUUGGCACAAAGUCAGUCUCAAAGUCAGACUUCACCGUGUUCUAGCAUUUAUCACUACAUCACGUUUGGAAAUGUCACGCUGAGUGAAAAACCGGACGUCAGCGCCAGGCUAUUUGAAAAAGCCAUGAAUCAAGAUGAAAGCUGGGCAGCCAUAGCUUUUUACAGUCAUGCAUACUGCACUAUAAAGCAGCAGAAAGCAGAUUACCUGACUAAGGCCAGAGAUGAUCUAAAGAAGGCUCAGGAGUCUCUGAAGUAUCUCAGUGAACAAUCCGUGGUCUGUUUGCAGUUUGUAAAAAUGUCCUCUGCACACUCAGCCAACAGUAACCAAACCAGCCUUGAAAAACAGUUAACAACCAAGUGCAGCAUGUUGAGUUACUUUGAUAAAAACAUUAGUGAGGCCAUCCAGAAGCUGGAUGAGAUCAAAGAAAGAGGGAGAGAUGCAAUAGUCAAAAAAUCCCCAAUGUUCUCCCUGGUGUCGACUGAUGCUGAUGAAGAGCUCCAAGUGGAAGCCUACAACCUCUACAGUCAAGGUCUGAAAUAUGUAUUUUCUGUGGAAGAGGAGCCUCGUUUCUCAUGGGAAGGUCUGCUGGUGUUCUGUCUUGGAAUUUUACAGAUUAUUGGAGGGGCACUGCUCACUGCAUUUACAUUUGGGACAUUAGCUCAAGUCGGCAUGGGACUCAUCACUGAAGGAAUAUCAGACUGCAUCACUGGCAUAGAGGCCAUGGUGACUGGAGAAUUCAGCUGGACAUCGUGGGCUAUAGAUAAAGCCAUUUCUAUAGGUGUAUCUCUCAUUGGGUUUGGAGUUGGAAAGCUGAUUGCAAAGGGCUUCAAAGCUUCUAAAAUGUUAAUAAAGGCCUUUGGGAAACAGCUGAAGGCGAUGCCAAAGUUUCUCUCCAGACAGGCUAAAGAUGGUUUAAGUGUUAUCACAAAGACAACUAUGAAGAAUGUAGUAAAGCUCACUGCUAAAAAAAUGGUAGAGGAAAUCAUUACCUAUGGACUUGGGAAGGCAGAAGAGAAAAUACUGGAAGAAAUACUGAACAGCAUCAAAAAUGACGUGAAAAAGGGAAUUGUUGAAGAUGUGAAAUCCAAUAUGGAAAAAGAGCCCUUGGCUUCAUUAGUAGACUCCAUCGUCCUCUCACACCUUGAGGAUAAAAACCAGCUUCAUGAUCUCCUGCAGGACAAGAACCAAAAGAGUGAGCUGCUGGCCAUUUUCAAAGAGUUAAGCAACACUGCUGUACAGCCGUUCUAUGCAGACCUCAGCUGGCAGAACAAACUCAACUCAUCUUUGUCCACAGUUAUUAACAAAGCUAAAGCAGAGGCCAGAGGAACAGCACGUGGAAUUCUGACAGCCAUCCAAGCUGUCCACAUGGGAGUACUGGCAGGAGACGCUAUUAGUACAGUGCACAGCCUCUCCAGCAAGUUUUUCUCAAACCUCCAUGAACAGCUGAAUAUAUUUAAAAAAGAGAAAGUGAAGGUAAAUGAGCUGUCUGCUUCUGAUGCUGAGAUGCUGAAAGAAUUCAAGCAGGACUUGGCUGACACCAUCAGUGCUUUAUUGGCUGAUGCUUUUUUUGAAGUGUUCCACCAGAAGUUCUCCAGUCACAUUGUUUCUCGUGUUCAAGGCAAAGUAAAUGGCGUCAUUGGCCGUUAUGUAAGAACUGGCUUAAAGAGUGACAGAACAGAGGAAAAACUCAAAGCUGGACAGAACAACAGAUACAUCUCAUACAUGCCAGGAGACCCGAAUGCUAAACAUAAAUCUGCAGGAGAGGCAGGUAAACGCUCAGAGUCACAUGCUGAAAAGAUCAGGAACCCUGUGACUGCAGGCACCAUUCUCGAUAUCAGAGUCCUGUCAGAAGCCACUGGGACUAAGGUUGUUAUUCUAACAGAGGACAGCCAUGGCAGACUUACCAAGAUGCAGGAGCUGAGCCCAGGAGCUAAAUCCACCAGUCAAACUGUGACACUGAUCUACAGACCAAAGAGUGCUCAACACCCAGACGGCCAUUAUGACGUGCGCAUCAAUAACCAGACAGUAAACAUAGACAGCGAGAGCAAGAGCUGCCUGUUUCACGCUUUGGCACGAGGCAUGAAACCGGAGGCCAGUGAAGAAGAGAUCGCUUUAGAAGCAGACCGCCUCCGAUCUGUGGAGGCCGACACUCUCCUCAGACAUCCAGGCCAAUGGGAGCCUUUCAUCAAGCGCAAAGAGUGGACUGAAGCAAUCAGAGGAGGGGACUGGUACAUGGCAGAGGGAGCUGCACCAGCAAAGAAAAAAAUCAAACUCAUGAAAGAAACUGAGGAAGCUCUUGAGCAAGAAACUGGGCAAGUGAAACUGUACGAAGAGUGGCAGCAGGAUUCAAAGGACAGAAAAGGAAUUGGAAAGUUCAUCAAUGGAGAUCACCAACCACCAGUAAACAGUAUACUGAAAGCAAAGGAAUUGAACCAGAAUAGUAAAUUAGCUACAGCUAUGCUUGAGGUGGCAACAUCCUCUUCUCCUCUGGAUAAAAAGCUUAUAGAGGACGUAUACAACACUCAUGGGCUUGGGCUUCCAAUUGUUUAUGUGCCAGAAGAGGUGCAUCGUGAGUUCCCCAGUACAAAAUCUCAAAGAUUCAGGGACUUACUGGCUGAAACCAUAAGCAAGGAUGAUGUUGCGGCCACCUUCAAACUGACCAUCCUUGGUGCAAUGCCCAGAAGUAUGCUAGACAGCUCCAAGGAGUACUACAAUUUUGACCAAAAGAAAAUGAGUCCCACCAGGCUGAAGGUUUUCCAGGACAGUUUUCCAGAACAUUCUAAAGCAUUAGUGGAUAAAUGGUUCAACCUCCUGGAACACAAAACAGAUCUCAUGAAACCAGAGAUUAAAAAAGAAAUGGAGGACUGGAUCAAUGCUAAAAAAUAUGAAGAUCAAAAUGAUCCCUUCAGGAACCAAGUCAUCAGCACCCUUCAAAGUGUAUCGAAACCUGGCAAUGUGACUGAUUGAACUGAAGAAGUAAAAUGAAAACUACAGAGAUCUUCCAGCUCCAGGUUCAUCAUCAAGAGACCUCUCUGAAGAUGUAUCAUGAGAAUCACUUUUCCUUUGGUUUAAUUCAAAAUAACCUUUUACUAUCCAGGGGGCUCAUUACAGAAACAAUCCUAACUGCUUGUCCUGUCUCAUCUCAAAAGUGAAAGAAAGGAAACAAAGAUUAUUCUACUUUACCUUUGAAUUCCAUUAUGGAAAUCAAACAUAGACUGUGCCAUUGGACAGACUUUUCACAAACAACAUAACUGUCAAUGUGCCUAUUUUACACCCCAACAGUUCUGCCUUUGGCCAUAUGAUUCUCUUGUAGUGAGUUCUAAAUAUCUCCACUGAAAUGUUCUACGUUCUGUCCAUUUGUCCUGGUGUGUCUGGAAAUCUAGGAGCAAUGGUACGUGGUUAGGACAGAAACAUACAUUUAAAUAGAAAUUAGACAAAGUCCAUGUUUAAACUAUCUAUUGCUGUAACUAAUGAUAAUUUGUCACUAGAACGUUGUCAGUGGAGAACAUCACCCGUACUAAUUACUGUAAAAGGUCAUAAUAAUCUUCCUACCAUAUAUUUAGGGUUCCCCUUUUUCCAAAGAUGCAGUUGUUGAGCAGCCACAGCAGGCUAAUAUAAUUUUUAAAUUUAAAUCAGGUCUGUGCUGUUUUAUAGUGAGGACUCACAAUGUUUGAUUUUAGCUUCUUGGAUGCUUCAGUGAAGUCUGAAUCCUGACUAUAGGUAAAACAAUCUAAAGUUAGAAAACCUCAGUCUGUAAUGGGAAAAGAUUUAGGAUGUGUCUUUAAUGAGGA